AUGGAGGUCGAUGUGAGAAUAGUGACUGCUGCACUGGUGCUUCUUGCAGCAGCCAAUGUUGCCUCGGCGCAAGACCGCUGCAGUUUUAUGACUAAUGUACCGAGACCACCAAGGCCAGAAUUCCCAGUGGAAGAUUCUACAGGAACGACAUGGAGUCAGCAGCCCUUCAUUCCGGCAUUUGACAGAGAUGAAGUGUGUGUAAGUGAGUUUAGAGGAAUAAUUCAGACCAUUUACAUGGAGGAAGAGAUUGUGGGGGAUGUGGUACUCGCCAGACUUAACUAUCGUGGACCGGAAGUGCCAAUGAUACCAGGAUCCUUUCUGAUUGGAACGUUUAGCCUGCUAGGUCCAGUUUUCAGAAGGAUACCUGAGAAUGGGGGAGAUUGGCACCUCGUAAUUACUGAAAGGCAAGACUUUGAGACUCCUGGUAUGCAGCACUAUUCGUUCUCUGUGCGAAUAGACGGAGAAGCAAUGGAGCCAUUUGUGGCGGUUACAAUCGUCAAUAUAGACGACAAUGCGCCGAUAAUAGAAGUCUUCGAUCCUUGCCAAAUACCUGAAACAGCAGAACCGGGUCCAACUAACUGUACAUACACUGUGACCGACGCAGAUGGAUAUAUAAGCACGAAUUUCAUGACCUUUACACUUGAUAGUGAACGCAACGAUAACGAGAUCUUCCAGAUUGAUCAAGAGACUAGCACCAAUCAGUUUCGGAUGUACAUGAAGUUAAGACUCAAGAGUACCCUGGAUUUUGCAAACAAUGCACUUCACAUCUUCAGAGUAACAGCAUUUGACUCUCUUCCAAACAAUCACACGGUAACAAUUAUGGUACAAGUGCAAAACAUAGAGUCAAGGCCACCGCGAUGGGUAGAAAUAUUCGCAAUGCAACAGUUCGAUGAAAAGCAAGCAAUGAAUUUUACUGUCAGGGCUUUGGAUGGCGAUACGGGUAUUGAUAGGCCUAUAUUUUAUCGAAUUGAAACGGCGCCGGAAGAUCGAUUCUUCAGCAUUGAAACAUUCGAAGGUGGUCGCAAUGGUUCGAUGUUAUUCAUCGACCCCAUAGACAGAGAUACUCUCGAAAGAGAAGUGUUCCAGUUCGCUUUAAUCGCUUUCAAAAAUGAUGACUACGGUAAUGAAGCAUUUUCGACAAGUAACAACAUUCUAAUCAUAGUUAACGAUAUCAACGACCAGAAACCAGAGCCGUUUCAAGCUGAGUACAACAUAAGUAUCAUGGAAGAGACAGCUUUAACGCUAAACCUACAAAACUUUGGGUUUCAUGAUCGCGAUCUGGGUGAUCAUGCUGUAUACACAGUGGAAAUAUUAGCCGAUAGUCCAUCGGGUGCCGAAGCAGGUUUCCAAAUCUCACCAUCGACUGGAUACCAGCGCCAAAACUUUAUUUUGACAACCUUGAACCACAACCUGCUUGAUUUCGAAGUGAUAGCCUUCCAAAAUAUUACAUUAAGGAUAGUUGCAACAGAUCAAAACAACACAGAGUUCGUACGAGAGGCAAUUAUGAAUAUAAACCUUAUCAACUGGAACGAUGAGCAGCCAAUCUUCUACGAGAACAUACAGACAGUUACGUUUAAAGAGACAGUUGGUAGAGGACACUUCGUAGCCAAUGUCACCGCCACCGACAGAGACAUCGACGACCAAGUCGUCCACGAACUGCUGGGCAAUGCUGGCAACUUCUUGUGGAUCGACCCAGACAAUGGUUCCGUCUACGUGUCAGUUGAUAACGCAUUUGACUAUCAUAGGCAAAGCGAACUGUUUAUACAGGUACAAGCUAUGGACACCCUGGGCGACGGACCGUAUCACACAGCCACCUCGCAGCUCGUUAUUCAGCUCAUAGAUGUCAAUAACACACCGCCCAGUCUUAGAUUGCCUCGGGGUCGUCCUGAAGUAGAGGAAAACGUUCCAGAAGGUUUUCCUAUUGAGGUGGAGGUUGUAGAAGGUAUGCCUGCUCAAGUAAUCACCGCUACCGACCCAGACACAGAUGCUGAACUUGUCUUCGAGAUAGAUUGGCAAUCAUCGUAUGCCACAAAACAGGGACGGGACACCCCAGCAUCAGAGUUCCACAACUGCAUAGAGAUACAAACGGUAUAUCCAUACCCCGAAGAUACACGUACAGCCCAGGGUAAGCUGUUUGUGAAGGAGAUCAGACCGGGUGUCACCAUCGACUUUGAGGAAUUUGAGAUACUCUACAUCACAGUGCGAGUUAUCGACCUCAAAACUGAAAUAGGAUUAAACUAUGAUGAAGCUACGUUCACGAUAAUCAUAAUUGACAUGAACGACAACAAGCCUCUGUGGGUGGACGGAACCCUCGCUCAGGAGUUCAGAGUUCGCGAGAGGUCGGACACGGGUGUCGUCAUCGGCUCAGUGCUGGCCACGGACAUCGAUGGGCCUCUCUACAACCAAGUGCGAUACACGAUGUUCCCGAGAGAAGAAACCCUCGAAGGUUUAGUCCAAAUUGACUUUGACACGGGUCAGAUCACGGUGAAUACCACCAAUAAAAUCGACGCUGAUGAACCUCCUACAUACCAUUUGUACUACACGCUGCGAGCCAGCGACGCGUGCUAUGCUGAAGACAUAGAGGACUGUCCGCCAGAUAGGACCUCAAAUUAUAAUGACGGAAAUAUAACGAUCAGCAUAAUUGACACCAACAACCAAGUGCCAAAGGUGGAGACAACCUUGUUCAAUCAGACGGUGUACGUGUGGGAGAAUGCUACCCAAUUCGAUGAGAUAGCAGAAGUCAUCGGCAGCGACAUAGACAGAGACGAGAUGUAUCACGAGGUCAGCUACCAAAUCGACUACCGGGUCAAUCCUCGUCUCCGAGCUUUCUUUGCAGUCAACUUGACAACUGGCAUUGUGUAUGUGGACUACACCACUCAUGAAACUUUGGACAGAGAUGGUGAUGAGCCCACUCACACAAUCUUCUUGAUUCUCUCAGACAACUUUUUAGGACAAGGAGGUGGCAAUAGGAACCAGAACACCACCGAAAUAUUGGUAGUGCUGUUGGACGUGAACGACAACGCGCCACAGCUUCCCUUGCCAAGUGAACUGUCGUGGACCAUCUCCGAGAAUACGAAAGCGGGUACGCGAUUACCUGAAUACAUUUACGCGCCGGAUAAAGAUGAACCAGACACGGACAACUCCCGUGUUGGGUACGAAAUACUAAACUUAAACAUCCUCAACCGAGACAUUGAAGUACCAGAACUAUUUACCAUGAUACAGAUACGAAACGUCACUGGUGAGCUGGAGACCGCCCAGGAUUUAAAAGGCUAUUGGGGCACUUACGCCAUUCAUAUAUUGGCCUUCGACCACGGAAUCCCGCAGCAGUCCAGUAACGAAACAUACGAGUUGGUCAUCACUCCUUAUAACUUCCACGACCCCGUGUUCGUUUUCCCGCAGCUAAACGAUGUCAUCAGAGUCGCUAGGGAACAAAUAUCGGCAAAUGGUGUUUUGAUAACUGUUGGUAAUGAUGUCUUGGAACGCAUCCAUGCUACUGACGAGGACGGGCUGGAAGCUGGCGUCGUUACCUUCCAAAUACAAGGUGACGCCGAUGCGGAAGAAUUCUUCGAGGUCAGGAACGACGGUGACAACUUCGGUACCCUCAUUCUUCGGCAAACGUUCGAACAAAACAUCAGGGAAUUUACGGUGACUAUUCGAGCCACGGACGGCGGCACGGAUCCUGGGCCGCGUCACACUGAUCUCACAUUUAAACUCGCGUUCGUGCCUACGCAGGGAGAACCCAUUUUCAUCGAGAACACUGCUACGGUCUUCUUCUUUGAAGAGGAACGCGGUCUAUCGGAGCAGUUUCCGCUGCCUCAAGCGACGGACCCCAAAAACCACCUGUGUGUUGACAACUGUCACAGUAUUUACUACAGCAUUGUUCAGGGAAAUGAAGGCGGACACUUUGCGGUGGAACCAACGACAAACGUCAUAUACCUGGUGAGGGAAUUGGACCGCGACGAGAGCGAGACGCACACGGUGCUGGUAGCCGCUUCCAACUCGCCCAGCCUCAUCAACGUGCUGCCCGCCAACACCCUUACCGUCACUGUCGUUGUAAGGGAAGCCAACCCUCGGCCUAUCUUCCAGAGCGAGAUCUACACCGCUGGAAUUUCAGCGACAGACGUCAUUAACAGAACUCUUCUGACAGUACAGGCGUCUCAUACUGAAGGAGCUUCAAUAGUUUACACGAUAGACUUUGCCACUAUGAUCGUGGAUCCCACACUGGAAGCAGUACGGGCGAUUGCCUUCGUGCUCAACCCCAUCACUGGAGUACUCUCCCUGAACAUACAGCCCACUGUUUUAAUGCAUGGAAUGUUCCAGUUCGAAAUCAUAGCUACGGACCCAACUGGCGCAUACGACCGCGCCCAGGUCAAAAUAUACCUGAUAUCGUCACAAAACAGAGUGAUCUUCAGUUUCAGAAACACCCUUGAACAAAUUGAAGAGAACGCCAGUUUUAUAGCGCAGACUUUCACGGCCGGUUUCCGCAUGACGUGCAACAUCGAUCAAAUAGUGCCGGCCACUGACGACGUUCUGGGCACCGUCAUCGAGGGCCGCACCGAGGUGAGGGCGCACUUCAUCAGGGACAACGUGCCUGUGCUCGCUGACGAGAUUGAAAGGAUCCGCAGUGACAUCAUUCUACUUCGAUCGAUUCAAGAGACACUAUCCAUGCAACUGGUAGAACUAGAGGACUUCGUCACUGAUAUUAGUCCUGAUGUAGUCAGCGAUAAUUCGCAGAUCACGGUGUACGUGCUCAUCGCGCUCACCGCUGUACUUGGCACACUGUGUCUGAUACUGCUGGUGACCUUCAUUAUUAGGACUAGAGCCCUGAACCGUCGCCUCGAAGCUCUGUCUAUGACGAAGUACGGUUCAGUGGACUCAGGUCUUAACCGUAUGGGCAUUACUCCUGGCACCAACAAGCACGCCGUUGAAGGAUCGAACCCUAUUUGGAAUGAAACUAUCAAAGCACCUGAAUUCGAUGCUCUCAGCAACAUGUCCAAUGACUCAGACCUGAUCGGUAUCGAAGACUUGCCACAGUUCCGCUCCGACUACUUCCCUCCAGCUGACGACCCGAACCAGCAGGCAAUAUUCAACAAUGCGCCAAACCAACCAGCUACGCACAGCAACAACUUUGGAUUCAACGCGACCCCCUUCAGUCCAGAGUUUGCUAACAGACAUACAGGCAGAUAG